UCGCUCUGCGUUCUAUUAGCCAGUCGGAUUUUAUUGCGGAAGCGAUUACUUUUCUCUCGCAGCUAGCAGGCAGGCAUUAUUUGCUUAAAACAAAUUAUUUCCCAAACAUUUAUACAGCACAAAACAUCGUCAACUCAAUAACCUUGAGAAGCGAAUACAGUUGAUUGACUUCAUAACAAGAAGGCUGUGAAAACUGUCUAAACAGGCGUGUGUGACGCGUCUCUUCCUACAUUCAGAUCCUGUCGUGUUGACGAUCAAUAAUUGCUUUCAUAUUCGUUAACUACGGUUUUUGCCACUUUCCCCGCUAGUCAGUCGGGAUGAAGCCUGGAGUAGGGGCAUGUCAGGACCCCUGUCAGGGUGGUCCGGGGGUGGGUGACAGGGGGGACGACACCCUGGUGCCUCUGCCCCCUAAAGACACCCCCGGCUCCCCCACGGGGUCACCCUCAGAGUUGGGAAGCCCCAGCCCCCGCCAGGUCGCGACCUUUGACCUGCUCAAGAUGGUAGUGUCUUACAAGAGGAUGGCCCUGUUUCUGGAGCCGCUCACUGACACAUUGGAACUGGCCCGCUACCUACUGGGGUGGAGGAUGCCUCUGUGCUCACUACUGGUCUGUCUACUGCUCAACAUCCUCUUCCUCACUCUGAGUGAAGUGGGGUGGUUCUCUGUGUGUGUUCUGGGGGUGUCUGCCCCGGCUGCCCUGGGUUACCUGCAGGACAGGUGUGGGGGCGGGGCGUCGGAGGCGGAGCAACAGAAGAGGCGGUGCCACGCGGUGCAUCGUAAGGACCUGCAGAACGUUCAGCUCACCAGACAGGACGCCAUGCUGGAAGUCAAGGACCUUUUAAAGCAGCUAGAUGACCUGUUGUCUCAUGCCUGCCUGUCUGCUGAGUCUGUCUACAAGCUCCUGUACUGGGAGAGCCACUCUGAGUCCUCUAGGUUCUAUGGUGGCCUGUUAGCUGUGUUGAUGCUGCUGUAUUCUGUUCCUGUGGGCUGGGUGCUGGCCUGUCUCACUACUGCCCUCUUCCUGUGGAACAGAGACUUCUGCAGGGUUGUGUUGGACCUAAGGGAGGUGGUCCAGUCUGGCCAGAACCCAUCCUCAGAAGGAGAGAUGGACCACACAGAACCGAACAACGGCAGCCUGGACAGGACUCCCACGGCUACCAGCUUGGAGGACCUGUCCCCGGGCAGCGUAGAGGAGGCUGAGGAGGCAGAGCCUGAUGAUGAGUUCAAAGAUGCCAUCGAGUUGACUCAGGAGCCCCUUAUCUCCCUGCAGGACUAUCUCAGACAGUUCAGUGUUACACAACAUCAUGACCGAGGUCAAAGACCUGAGGAUGAUGACGUUACUUCAGAUUUGGACACCAUCUCCAUCACCUCAGACAACGGUCUGCUGAGCCGCAACGAGCCAAUCCGCAGUAAGGUGUCCAAACUGACGGAGAAGCUACGCAAACGCUACCCCACCAACAACACAGGUAACUGUUCUAGCUGCAGUGCAGUCUUCUCAGUGGUGAAGAGAAGGCGGAGCUGUAGUAACUGUGGCAACAGCUUCUGCUCCAGAUGCUGCUCAUACAAGGUCCUCAAGGCCUGCAUGGGUGUCACAGCUCCAGAUGCCCAGAGAGAGACAGUGUUUGUUUGUGCUGUCUGCAACUCCACCCUCAGCAAGUGAGAAAUGACUACCCCUCCUACCCACUCAAGGAGACCCAGGGAGGGUACUGCCCCUCUUACCCAGGAUUCGAAGCUCCUUGGCUGGAUAGAGCCCGCGGCAGAUCAGCCUCUACCCCCCCGGGGGUGGUUCAAAACCCCAGGUUGUCUGGUUCUCUGGCUCCAGCCCAGGUGACCAGGGUUAUUAAGAUGAAUCAGUCCCAAAUGGCAACCUAUUCCCUAUAAAUUACACUGCUUUUGCCCAGAGCCCUAUUGGAUUCCCUAUGGGCCCUGGUCUACAGUAGUGGACUAUAUAGGGAAUAGGGUGUCAUUUUGGACGCUACCCCAGACUCCCAUCAGCUUGUGUUGCAUUGAGAUUUAUCCUGUACUGUCAUGGAGGUCCUGAGAAUGCUGUGUGUGUGUGUGUGUGUGUGUGUGUGUGUGUGUGUGUGUGUGUGUGUGUGUGUGUGUGUGUGUGUGUGUGUGUGUGUGUGUGUGUGUGUGUGUGUGUGUUGGAUUGUAUAAGAUAUGCUAUAGAUUGACCCUGUUAUAACUUAUCCAUUCUGUAAUGGUUUUAUAUGUUGGUCCUAAUGUUAAUUUAAUGGAUGUAAAGACAGGAUGCUAAAGACUAUACCUUUGUCCUAAAUGGCAUACCCUAAUCUCUAUGGAGCAUAACCUAACCCCAUGGAGUGAUUUCCAGAGGUGAUCCCAGACCUGUGUUCAAAUACUCAUACUAACUGUACUAUUUGUGAUGUAAAUUGAGUAUGUAGUAUACGUAUUGGUCAUAGUAUGGAUAUAGUAUGCCAAAAGUUCCUGGAUGUCGUACUAAAUUCACCAAAAUACGAAGUAUACAAGCAGUGGACACUUUCUGUGCUUUUAAGGCCCAUAAUGCAAUUAUUCAGAAAAUCUUGAGCAAUGUAAUAAAGUAAUGACUUUUCAAAUAAGUUAAACGUUAUGUUGGCUGACAAUUUAUUAGCUACGCUGUCCUUACGAACCGCAGCAUGUCAUUCAGCAGUAUGUUAGCUGUUAGCUAGCUACCUAACGUUAGUUGGCUACUAAUACAUUAUAUUAUAAUAUUAUAUAUAUUAACUAUCUAGCUAACUACCCAAUGUUUAUUGACUUGAUUAUUCACAUCAUUCUUAGCUAAGUGGUAGAGUCGUCGUGCGUUCUCAAUGGACAUUGUUCAUUCUGGCUAUCUACUCUGAUUUCAGAGCAUCUCUCAUCUGUGUGCCAGUGCACAGAAUAGCUGAAUAAAACGCGUUGAAUAUGGCCGGUGUCAGUAAGCGUUGGAAAAAAAUAAAGCGUAAUUAAAUUGUUGCCUGCAGCACAGUUAGUCACCAACACUCUGCAUAAAAUGAAAACAGCCCUACCAGCUCUGCUAGGGCGAGUAAAAUGGUCAGAGUGAGUGAGGGUUUCUCUCAUUUGUGUCUGGAGGUAGCUAGCCAGUUAGCUUGGGUGCUUGACUGCCAUUGUGAGGACAGAAUGCUCGGAUAAACCCUACUCCUUGGCCAGAGCGUCUAGUGUGGGCUCCGAGACCGAAACGAUCUGGUUUUACGAAUGCCCAGAGCGCAUUCUGAGCGCUCUCUUGCACUCCAUGGGUGAAUUUACGGACACAGCCGAAAUCGUAAAAUGUCUAGCUAGUCAUUUGUUAUGCUCACAAGCUGGCAAGAGGUUGCAUAGCAACAGCAUAAACUUCUACUAGACAGGCGAAGUGCUAGUACACUCAACUGAAGGGAUACCCUUCGUUUACAGUACCGGUAUUCUAACAUGAACAAAUAGUAUGUAGUAUAUACUCAUUAAGUAUGUAGUAUACAGGAUGUUGGUAUGGGUAUUUGAACACAGCACAGGUUUUAGAUUGACACAUAAGAAUGUACAUGUUACACUUUUACCAUUGUGAUCACCUAUAUUCAAUCCACUGAAAGUUUAUAUUUAUCCAAUUUAUUAAUUCAUUCAUUUGAUUGAUUAUCUUGACAGAAUGGAGGAGUUUGUUUACUCUUCAUUGCUUCAAUAAACUGUGAUUUUGAAUGUUUGAAAUUAACUUAUGGUGUAUUUUUCCUGCCUUUUUCCAGCCUAGUUGUAGAGAGCUCUGUUAAAAAAAUAAAACAUUUAAAAAGAG